CUAAAAACAAAACAUCUGUCAUUUGCAAAAUUAUCAGUAUGUAAUAGUAAAAAGCAAAAUGCGCGUACGGAGCAACCAUGCCGUCGGGUUGACAUGGUUGUCGGUUACAAGAAGGAAGAGACACUCACACCUAACCAGAAGCUUAUUGCAGGCGUAGUGUCUGGAAUCACCACCAGGUUCAUAACCCAACCCCUGGACAUUGUGAAGGUGCGUACGCAGCUGCAGGCUAAAGACAAGUCGGCGACAUGGAUAGGGCUCUCGUGGCGGAUCCUCAAGGAGGAGGGGUUCACCACCUUCUGGCACGGACACAGUCUCGGACAGUUACACUCCAUCAUGUCCGUAGCGUCGCAGUUCCACGCUUAUGAAAUAAGUACCAAGUUCGUCGAGAAUUAUGCGAGCCAGUACACCAGUCCCCAGUUCAAGAAGGUGCUGCUGUUUAUGUGCGGCAUAUUCGCGGGGUGCGCGAGCGCCACCCUCGUGUCGCCUAUUGAAGUGAUCCGCGUUCGGCAGAUGGUUGUCAAGGCACAAUAUGGUGGAGUUUUCCAAGGAGCGCGCGAAGUGUACCGAAGGGGCGGUAUACUGGCCUUCUACGAGGGUCUGACCGCUUCGCUCAUGCAGAUGGGCCCACAAGUGGGCAUAACGUUCGCUGUGUUCCGUUUCGUGCAGCCCCUCGUCCUGAACUACGUGGCCUAUAUGGAGAACCCUGAGCAGACGGAUGCUGAGAAAAAGGCGACAGAGACAAAGCAGCUUCUCAUCUCAUCGAGUAUCGCCGGCUCGACUGCCGGCUUCGUGUCUAAAACGGCGACGUACCCGUUCGACCUGGCCAAGCGAAGGCUUCAGAUAGCAGUAGAGCCACAAGCCAGACCCCAAUGUGAAGACACCGGCGAUGACACAAAAGCUCGUCAGAUGCAGUACGCUGAUGAGUUGUCUAUUGGACAUGAUCCGCAAGGACGGCUUACCGGGUAUGUACACCGGUUGGACCAUUACAAUAUUCAAGGCGCAGGUGACCAGUUUGCUCAUAUUCACCACCUACGAAAUGGUUUGCUAUGCGAUGCGGGAUUAAUACAGAACGAGGACAGUGGACAUGUGACACCCCCCCUCCCCCCCCCCUCCCCCCCCCUAGAGAAUAUAAUUUCGACGCUAGCGACGCCCUUGACAGUGGACAUGUGACACCCCCCCUCCCCCCCCGCCCCUAGAGAAUAUAAUUUCGACGCUGGCGACGCCCUUGACAGUGGCCAACAGAUGUAGUGCAUAAUUAUUUUCCUUUGUAUUUUCAUGGAAACGUACGAACGUCUCUUGCUAUUUCAGUCAGUCUCGUUACAAAAAGUACCUACUGAUGUUGACUGAAGUAGCAUGACAAAUACGAACGUUUCCGAGAAAAUACGAAGGAUAAUAAUUUUGCACUACCGGCGCGAUUCGGGAAAUGAAUUAGAGAUUCACUAGAUAUGAAAUAGUAAAGAUAUGUGACGUUCCGCAAUAAUAUUGGAGCGGCGUUAAUAAUAGCGUAAGCGCCAACCGCCAUAAGGUACCUUUUGCCGAAUCGCGCCGUACAUCUGUACCGCUUCUCCGUACGGUUAAGGAAUAUAAUUUCAGUACCAUUUCGUACAUUGUCACGGUGACAUUAGCAUGAUAUGAGGUCCAUAGCGACUUUCAUAUUGCUUGUCAGCGUGACAAGGUACCAAAUGGUACGGAAAAUAAAUUACUUGACUGUACAAAUCGUCGGGUGACAAGCAAAAGUCACUAAGUACUAUCAAAAAAUUAAAGUAACAAUGCACUUUAUUACACUUGUAACACGGUUUAUUGUCCAAUAAUUUCAAUGGUGUUAGUUAGUGACUUUUGCUUGUCACCCGACGAAACGUAGUCACCAAUUUCGUCUCUGUUGUGGAUAAUAUUUUUAGACAAUUUAAUGUACAGUCAGCAGCAGAAGUUGCUAAGCGUGCGAGGUGUUCAAAAUUACCUUGACACGCUCUUAUUCUCUUAACAAUAAAGUCGCGUCAAGAUCAUUUUGAACACCUCGCCCGCUUAGCAACUUCUGCUGCUGACUGUAAGUAUAAUAUUUAUAACGAUGCCCGAUGCCGCUUCGUCUGACUUUUUAAAGUUUUUUUUAUAUUUAACGCUAAGAGCAAAAUAAUGAGUAGAUACAUUCAAAGAAUUUAACUGUCGACCCAUUUCGUACCUUGUCAGUGACAAUCAAUAUGAAAGUUACUAGAGACCUCAUACUAUUGUCACUGUGACAAAGUAGAAAAUGAGUAGGAAAUUAAAUUAUUUGAAUGUACCUAGGUACCCACAAAUUUUUAGAAGCUCAAGAGUAUUUAAAAAAGUCAAACGCAGGAGCAUAGCUAUGGUUCAGGUAUUAGUAAGUACUUACAUCAAAUUGUGUUAAAAAUAAUGAUUCAUAAUGUCAAUAUUCAGAAAGGAAAAUGGGUAUUUUGUUGUAUGGAAAAGCGGAACCAAUGGAAUGUUUAAUUCCCAUUUGGUUCCGACUGAGGAUUGUGAUGUAUUGUGAAAACUCGCGUUAAUGUAUAUAUAUUUAUGAUCCUGUCAGUAUUUGUAGAAUGUGUAAAAUAAAUUAU